AUGGCUGAUUAUAUUGCAUUUGCGUAGAAGUAUAAGGAGAUUUGCAAAUGCAUCAUCGUCUACAUAAAGGAAGCUCAUUUCGUUGAAAGAGAUUAGGAAGGGAAGUUUGUAGAUGGAUGGCCAAUUGGCUUUUACGAUUAUGAAUAUCCAUAACACAAAAGUCAGGAAGAUAGAUUAAAGAUGGCUAAGACGCUCAAGGAGGAGUACUCGAUUCCUGAUGAGUUUGAGAUUUAUUUGGAUAUAUUCCCUUAAAAUUAAUUUGAUGAGACAUUUGGAAUUUGGCCAGAUAACAUGGUUGUUUUCAAGGAGCUUAAGUUUAUCUGGAGGGGAAUUGUAAACUUAGAUGGAUCAAGAGAUAAAUAUCAUUCUAAGUUAUUGGAGGAUCACUUAAAGUAACUUAAAUAUUGA